AUGAGGGCGAAGAUUGUGGUUUUCCCGAUCAAGGGGAGAAACUGGUGUUUUAGCCGCUCGACUGACGCUUCAAUGGCGGCCGCACAACCUUCCAACACGCCGUCCACUUUCAAGGAACUCUUCAAGAAGAUAUUUUCUUCACCAUCUUCAUCUUCUCAAAUCAGAGGAAAGCCCUCCGAGGACUCGAAAGCUGAACUCGCGAUUGAUUUCGUAGCUAACAAGAUGAAUGGGGCUUGGAGUAAACUGGAAAAGGCGCCCAAAGGGACCUUCAAGAAUAAGAUUCACGGAUUGGGAUUGAAGCUGUUGUCACGUGUUAAGCCAUCAGAAAUCUUGUUCAAGUCCAUUCCAAAGGAGACCAAUGGAGUGGAUAUAAUUUAUCCAUCAAGUUUGAAUCCACGACUUGUCCGGAGAAGGCUUCGACAUAUUGCAUUCAGGGGUUCAGUGAUUCACAAGAACUACUUGUAUUGUUCUGCCAUCUUGCUGCCUCUGACUUCAGUUUUCACGGUCCUUCCUUUGCCUAAUAUCCCGUUCUUUUGGAUAUUGUUUCGCACUUACUCACACUGGAGAGCCUCCCAGGGAAGCCAAAAGCUUCUUCAUCUACUCAACGAUGCCUCGAUUGAAAUGACCAAGAAAAACGACAGUCUAUCCAGUGAUUCUAAUGAGUCGAGUGAUAAAUCUACACGUUCUCCAUUGGUUUUCCGGCCGACAGAAGAGCUUCAGAAGCUUCUUCAACACCAAAAAGAAGGUGACGAUGGUCUCACUGAGAGUGCAAUCUUGAAAAUUUGCCAGAAAUUCUAUUUGAAUCCUACAGAUGUUGUAAAAUACCGAGAUUCAAUUUAG